AUGUCCGCACCGUACUGGGGAGAGCUCCCCGCCCCGAAGCACCGUCGGACGUCUUCUGCUUCACAUUCUUCCGGCCCUAGUCAAGAACUCGACUACGAGACCGAGUCGCAGCCUCACCCUCGCAGAGAUCGUUCCUCGGUCCAGACAACUCGCACGGAUGCCCCGACCGAGUCGACGACCAGUCCCUUUGCCUCACCCACCGCCUCCAGCUUCGCUGCCGCUGGCUUAGCUCCAAGGCCCCCGUCCCAGACGUACGGCGCCCCAGGUCGCGCACAAGCUGACUUCUCGGACAAGAGAGCGAGGCGCUCCAGCCAGCCUCAGAACCCAAUGCCUCCCCGCGAGGCGACGGACACUCCCCCCGCAGCUCCAGACGUGCCCAGGGGACCUCCUAUAAGCUACAGGCAGCCACCUGGGUCGUCCACAGCUGCGUAUGGCGCCGCAGGACCAUCGCGAUCCGCUCGCCGAGUUGAUCCUCGCAUGCGGAGCGCAGAACCUAGCGACACGGAUGCAUAUCACAACGACCCACGCAGGCCACCAGUCCUUGACCGCAACCGCAAAAACUUCGACUCGCCAGGCGACCUCGAAGAACCUGCGGUCAUUGAACCCGGCCGAGCUGGUCACGAUGGCAGGAGAGGCUCGGUUGGUUCCUAUUAUCGCGGGCCAGCGCGGAGGGACUCGGUCCGCUCUGAGACACAAGGCACAGCGUGGGCAGACGAUCGAUCCCCCCUGCAAAGGUUAGAGCUGACGCUCGACAGCAUCACAAAGGAAGAAAAGCGAGCACGGGUUGCCGCGGCCGAAAAGAGAGCUCGAGAACGGCAGGCAUCUCUCAACGUAUUGACUGGCGCACAAGGCUCGGGCGAGGCCAAUCGCACUGGAGGAGGCCAGCAUGUCAAGUUUCGGAAUCGCGCAUCGUCACUGACCCAAGAAUACGAAAAACAACCUGUCGUUGCCGAUCCUGUGGUUGCUCAACCCUCGUCCGCCUCGCAGCGGGGUGUGGCUGAGCCUUUGACGAGAGCCAACAAUGAUUACCCCGACAACGAAGUUGCGCAUACGGCUGCCUCUACAAACCUUCCCCAACGCAACCUUAGUUUUCGCGAUAGAGCAGUCGCUGAUGACAGAACCGCGUCACCUCCUGGCGGUGUACCCGUGAAAGCCGAGCCAUAUGUCCCUCCGCAAGUUGCGCCAAUCGCUCGUAAUGGCAGUGGGAAGCUACGAAAGAGCCCUCCUAACUCUGCGAACAAGCAAAAGCCCGAGUCUAAGCUGCCGCCAAAGUCGGACAGUCCAGAUUCACAAGUGUCGGAAGAUGUACCCAAGUUUCCUAAACGAGGCGCGACGAUCAAGAAGAAACCGCCACCACACGUCCUGGCUGCAGAGCAACGAUCAAGACCUGCCCAGAUUGAUCACUACGACGAUGAUCCCUAUCAAGGAUUCCCUCGGCCAACAGAUGCUGCCCGCCAGUCCGAGCCACGCCGCACGAUGUCCAUGGGUGCCAAGCGACAGGUGCAGCCCGGCCACUAUGAACAGGACCCGCCAUCGACCGCAGGUUCAAGCGUCAGAUUCGCCGCGGGUGUCAAGGCUGCGCCACCGGAUGACUACGGUGUACAAAGCCAGGAGCGCGUUGGCUUCUUUCAUCAUGGGCCCUUGCAGCCGGGACAUGGGACAUACAAGCGGCCUGAAUUCUUGGACGAAUGGAAGAAGGGCAGUGUUGCUACGCUUAGUGGCUCGCUGCUAAAACUCGAUGAGAUUGCCGCCCCUGCCGAGCCCAGCGCAGGCCUCCCUGUCAAAGACACUGCAUGGUGGGAGAAUGGCGGCAAGCGGCGAUCAAGCAUUUCAUCGAGACCCAUCAAGGCCGAGGCCUUCGACGGGGAGUAUGAUGACACAAAAGGACCGACUCGAUUUAAACCUCAGCUAUACCUUAAAUGCGGCCCCUUACUUCGAUACUGCGGCUUGCGACGUGAGGCUGCAGCGCCUCGAACAUCUCCUGUUGCGGCUACAGCAGACCGAGAAUUCUGGAGGGGUUCAGUCAUGAUUGUGACCCAAGAUUCGGAUUCGUCUUACGAGAUUGCGCCGAUACUCCGGUUGUUUGUACAACCCAUUGAACUCCUUCCACCGCCACCAACCGAGUUACACGGGGAACAGGCUCUUCUACCGGAGUAUGUUGACCCGAUCGCAGGUAUCCCCAAGCUGGGCCGCCGUGGCGAGACCUUAUAUGUACGCCCCAUCGAGCAUCUGGAAGAGGGCAAAGAUGCUUCGCGUUUGGAACCCGACGAUGGUAUAUUUGAGAUUACGCGGACCGCUCCCGACUUUGACACUAAUGCACCUGACCCGCCCGGCUCGUUCACAAGUCGGAAGAAGCGGAUUCAGGUUGACGGGGAGAAGGCUGGUAAAUACAAGGACGUCCGGGGCUUCCGUUUGCACCAGGAGAAAGGCUGCACUUUCUGGAGAUUCAAUAUCGAGGUUGAGCUCCAAAGUGAGCAGCAGAGAGUCGCCUACCGGAUCAACCGAGGCCCAGCCACUGGAUUCUGGGUACCAGCUCGGGAGACUGCGAUGAAUGUCAUGUUCCACAGCUGUAACGGCUUCAGCCUCAGCGUCAACACCGACGAGUUCAACGGACCCGAUCCCAUGUGGCGCGAUGUGCUGAACACUCACCAAACGAGACCGUUCCAUGUCAUGGUUGGUGGUGGAGACCAAAUCUACAACGAUGCAGUCAUGCGCGAGACCACCCUAUUUCAGGACUGGUUGCAUCUGAAGAAUCCUCUACACAAGAAUAACGCGCCCUUCACACCCGCGAUGCAGAUAGAGCUCGAGAACUUCUACCUUGAGCGGUACUGCAUGUGGUUCUCUACAGGACUCUUUGGUCUGGCCAAUUCUCAAAUCCCAAUGGUCAACAUGUUUGAUGAUCACGACAUCAUCGACGGGUUUGGUUCAUAUCCGAACCAUUUCAUGAGGUCGCCAGUAUUUUCAGGCCUCGGCAACGUUGCCUUCAAGUACUACAUGCUGUUCCAACACCAGAGUGUGCCUGAUGAGCCUGAGCAGGCAGAGCCGAGUUGGGCACUAGGUAUCCGACCAGGACCAUACAUCCACGAACAGAGCCGCAGUCUUUUCAUGUCGCUCGGCGGGCCGGUUGCACUGUUAGCGGUCGAUGCGCGUACGGAGCGCACUAGAGACGAAGUCGUUCGCGAAGAGACAUGGAAGAAGCUCAUGGAUCGCUGUUACGACGAAGUACGGAAAGGCACCACGCAGCACAUUCUGGUUUUACUAGGUGUCCCAAUUGCAUAUCCUCGGCUUGUGUGGUUGGAGACGAUCUUGACAUCCCGAUUGAUGGACCCGCUGAAGGCUCUUGGCAAAGCCGGAAUGCUGGGCAACUUCCUGAACAACUUCGAUGGGGGUGUGGAAGUCCUAGACGACCUCGAUGAUCACUGGACAGCAAAGAACCACAAAGACGAGCGCCGGUUCAUCAUCGAAGACCUCCAAGACCUUGCUGCCGACAAGUCUGUGCGUGUCACCAUUCUGAGUGGCGACGUCCAUUUGGCUGCUGUCGGGCAGUUCUACUCCAACGCGAAGCUGCAAGUACCGAAGCACAAGGACUUUCGUUAUAUGCCAAACAUUAUUUCGUCUGCUAUCGCAAACACGCCGCCCCCUGAUCUUGUAGCAGAUAUCCUCAAUAAGCGCAACAAGAUCCACCAUUUCGACAAGGAGACAGACGAGGACAUGAUCCCCAUAUUCACCCAAGGGGUUGAUGGCAAGCCGCGCAACAACCAGAGAUUACUGCCCCAUCGGAAUUGGUGCUCGAUCCGUCCCUACCAGGCGGGCUACACCCCGCCUCCGACACCUCCUUCGCAGGAUGAUGAAACGGACGACGAAUCUCCCCGCCCAGGUCUGCUGCGGCGGCUGUCGUUGUCAAAGCCUCGGGGCCCGGCGGUGAGACCAGACGCUACCCGAGAACCUCAAGAUCGAAGCAGGCCACCCAUCACCGGUAACGGAGGAGGAUUCCUGCGUACACUCUCCCGUCGUGCCUCGACGUCUGAGCCCAAUGUGCCCGGCCAAGGAAAGCCAAAGAGGUCACUCUCCCUUAGCCGAGGUGGCUCCAUCCGACGCCUGUUCCGCCGCUCGAGUUACGACAACCGCGCCGACGACGAAAGCAGCAUCGACGACUGGCGUGCUGAGAGCGCUGACGACAUUGAUUACGACGACCAUCGUCGUGCACCGCGAGACUCUCAGCGACAGCCUCAGCAACAUCAGCAGCUCCCCGCGCAGGGUCCUGGUCGAAACACUCUGGGGUUGCGUGGAGGUGGUGGUGAUUCUGCCGAGUAUGUGCCCGGAGACGACAGCUAUUUCACUGCUCGUCCGCCGCGACGGGCCUUCACACAGCCCUCAGCCGCGAGGCACGGUCCACAUGGCGACAACUACGACGACUUCUCGCCCGAAGACUCGGACGAUGGCACCCCACCCCCUGUGCACACCCGCUCGCGACGAGUCCAGGAGAUGCAAGACGAGCGCGCCCACGCGCAAGCCUCUAGCCACAGUCCGGUGAUGACUGCUGCCUCUGCAACGGCUGCUGCGCGACGUGGUCUCGCGGAGCCCGGACAGCAACAACAAUAUAGGCAGCAGCAGCUGCAACAACCACAGGCGCAAUCCUCGCAAGGGAGCGAGGCCGAGUUCCGCCCCAAGCCCUUCCAUCGCACGCCGACAGGCUUGAGUGCGAAGCUCAUCAAGAAAGCCGGCGGGCCAGCGCGCGUCGCUGUGGAUCUUGAGGGCGGCCUGGAAAUCACUCUUAACGUUGAGGUGAACCCCAAGGACCCGGCUGGCAUCACUGUGCCGUAUAGGCUCAUUGUGCCCAAGCUAUGGUCCGAGAGCGCGAAUGCAGCUGCCACUCAGGAUCUGAGCCCCGAUGCUACGCCUGCCCCCAUCCACUCCGGGCAGCAGCAGCAGCAGCAGCAGCAGCAGCAUGGUGAAUAUGACGAUGAAGACUCCGACUUCAGCGAUGACGUGACACCACACGGAGCUCAGGGUCGUGAGCGCUUCUCUCCCCAGCAGCAGCAGCGGCAGUCUCCUCGCCCGCCUGCCUCGGGCGGCGGCGGCCUUGGCGGCGGCAUCAAGCGCUGGCUAAGCAAUCGGAGUUCUGGGGGUGGUGGUGGCGGUAGCCAGUACCGUGCGCGCCGCGGAGGUGACGAGGGUUCUCAUCAGUCUCCUUGGAAUGAUGGGCUGAGGAUGUAG